UCACAUGACUGACCACACAAGAUAACAGCCACUCUCCCACCGCCACUCUCCCACCGCCACAUAUAAUCGGCACUCGUAACGUUGUUCUAUAACUGACCAUACAUUUCUUACGCUUUAGACGCGACAAGCUAUAGGGAAACCACAUACCAGACUUCUUUCAAGCUGUAGCAGAGACCUCCCACUAAGGUCAAGAUGUUCAGGGUGACAGUGGAGCCGGCAGUGUUUCUCUACUGUGUCUCCCAGGUGGUGCAGCUCAGCGUGCUUCAAGAUUUUAUUUUCACGAAGUUGUGCCGGGAACAGUAUUCGCAAGAGGUGUGUGUUGCGAGGUGGAAGGAAGGCUCGGUGACAGAUGUUGCGUGGGUGGAAAACAAGGCAGUGAACUACGUGAUGUGGCUGAGUGUAAUCACAAGCAUCCUUUCUGUCAUCAUGGCCCAGUUCUUCGGUGUGGCGCUUGACAGGUAUUCACCCAAAGUGGUGAUGACAGCCCCCUUCAUGGGGUUCCUGGCGCAGCACCUGGUGUGCGUGGUGGUGGCGGCCCUGCCAUCCCUGCCGCUGGCCGUGAUGUAUGUCGGGGCCACGCUGAACGGACUAUCGGGAGGUUAUCCAUUAUUUAAGUCUGCUGUAAGCAGCUACGUGGUGAGGACAGCGUCCCCUGAGGAGCGGACCUUCCGGCUGUCGGUGGUGGAAGGGACGGUGUUCCUGGGUGGCGCGGUUGGGCCCUUCACCCUCAAUCAAGUCGUAACCUCCACCACCACUGGCCACGACUACUUGUUUCUUGGCAGUGAGAUGUCGUUGGCGGUGGCCUUGCUCUACAUUGUUUUCAUCCUGCCGGACUCCCAUUCGACAUCUCAGGAGAAUGCUGAGCUUCCUCCAGAGCACAGCGGUACUGCACUCUGUACUCAGGUCAAAACAGUUCUGCAAAACUUUAGCGGCUCUGUUUCCACCGUGCUGCGCCACAGGCCGGCUGGGAAACGCACUUCAGUUCUCCUCCUGAUAUUAGCAGACUUUUUCAUAGCCAUUGCCUACUCCGCUGAAUCUGACCUGCGGUAUAUAUACAUGCACAACUAUCUUGGGUUUACCUUGGGGCAGUAUUCCCUCUACCUGGUCAUCAAGAACUUGGUGAAUGGCAUAUCCCUGUUGGGCGUGUUACCAGUGCUGCGCCUUGUAUUUGAUAUCAGCGAUGCUUCACUUGGCAUACUGGGAGGGACAUCGCGGGUGGUGGCCUUCACCAUGCUGGCGCUCAACACUUCCCACACCCUCACCUACAUAGUGCCAUUCUUGGACGUGUUCGGGCAGUACUUGUUUGUGGUGCUGAGGUCAUCCUUGUGUGGCCUUGUCAAGCGGGAAGAGCAAGGGCGUGUGUUGACAGUACUGUCGUCGCUGGCACAGAUGUCUAUGUUAGUCGGAUCCCUUUUGUUUGAUAAUGUGUAUCCUGCCUUGGUGUUGCUGGCACAUCCUGGGUACACUUUCCUCGUGGCCGCCACCACCAUGGCCACCGCAACUACGAUAUUCAUAUGCAUCCGUUGUUGUCGGGCAAAAGAAGGUACUUGUGAAGAGACGCAACCGAUUCUACGGUGAGAAAAUAUAUAAAUAGGUAGACAGAUUAACAGGCGCUUGUCUAGGCAUCUUAAUAAGAGGGUAGAUCAAUUGGAGUCCCCGUCUGCUGAGGGGACCACAGAUGUCUCCAGGUCGGACUGCUCUUCUGGCUGUAAGUGUCUUGACACAUCACUCAAGUUUUCAUUAACUUCUGCAAUAUUCGCGGUUUUAGAUCUAAUUUUCAGUCUGUUGAACACCAGCUUUCCUUUACUAAACCUCAUCUUCUUCUCCUCACUGAAACGAAGGUGUCUGAUGCAACUGACAGUAAUCCCUUUUCUAUUCCCUCCUACUUUCUCUAUCCUCAUUUUCAGUCCAAAGCUGGAUGUUGCAUCUAUGUGCGCAAUUGCCUAACCUACUUUCGUGCCCACGCUCUUGAAUCUUCCGAUUUUUCUACCAUAUGGGUACGACUAUAGAGUCAUUCUCAAACUAAAUUUAUCUGUUCUGUAUAUCUCUCACCUAACUCAUCUGAUUGUAAGAAAUUCUUUUACUACUUGACUUCCAAAGUGGAACACAUUCUGACUCUCUUCCCUUUUGAGGAGAUCUCUAUUCUUGGAGACUUCAGUGUUCACCACCAGCUUUGUCUUUCCUCUCCCUUCACUGACCAUCCAGGUGAACUAGACUUUAACUUUCCUAUCCUCCACGACUUAAAGCAAUUGACACAACACCCUACUCGUAUUCCUGACCGUCUUGGAGAUACACCCAACAUUCUUGACCUUUUCCUAACCUCUAAUCCUUCUGCUUAUGCCGUUACCUUAUCUACUCCGUUGGGCUACUCCGAUCAUAAUCUCAUAUCUGUAUCUUGUCUUAUCAUUUCAAUCCCUCCUCAGAAUCCCCCUAAGCGGAGGUGCCUCUGGCGUUUAUCUCUGCUAAUAGGGAGGACCUGAAGAGGUAUUUUGCUGAUUUUCCUUGGAAUGACUACUGCUUCUGUAUCAGAGGCCCGUCUCUGUGUGCCGAGCACUUAACAAAGGUGAUAGCAUUUGGCACGGAGGCGUACAUUCUUCACUCUUUUUUCUCGACCUUCCAAACCUUGGUUUAACACAGCCUGUUCUCGUGCUAUACAUGAUAGAGAGGUGGACCACAAAAGGUACUUGAGGCUUCCAUCAUCAGAAUCUCAUGGCCUUUAUAUUUCUGCCCUCAACCAUGCCAAGUCUGUUCUUCAACUAGCCAAAAACUUCUUUAUUAAUAGAAAGUAUCAAAAUCUUUCAAGAUCUAACCCCACUCAUAACUUCUGGCACCUAGCCAAAAACAUCUCCAGUAAUUUUGCUUCUUCUUCUUUCCCUCCUUUAUUUCAACCAAAUGACACCACUCCUAUCACAUCCAUCUCUAAAGCUGAACUCUUCCCUCAAACCUUUGCUGAAAAACUCUACCUUGGAUUAUUCAGGGCUUGUUCCUCCCUCUCCUUCACCUUCUGACUAUUUCAUGCUACCUAUUAAAAUUCUUCGCAAUGAUGUUUUUCAUGCCCUCACUGGCCUAAACUCUCGCAAGGCUUAUGGACCAGAUGGGGUUCCUCCUAUUGUUCUCCGAAACUGCGCCUCCUUAGACAUAUCAAAAGCUUUUGAUAGAGUCUGGCACAAAGCUUUGAUUUCCAAACUACCUUCCUAUGGCUUCUAUCCUUCUCUCUGUAACUUCAUCUCGUUUUCUUUCUGCCUGUUCUAUUGGUGCUGUGGUAUACGGUCACUGUUCUUCUCCUAAAUCUAUUAACAGUGGUCUUCCUCAGGAUUCUGUCUUGUCACCCAUUCUCUUGCUAUUAUUUGUCAAUGAUCUUCUAAACCAGACUUCUCGUCCUAUCCACUCCUACGCAGCACUUUUUCACGUCUUUUCAUAGAAGUCCAACCCUUCAGGAAGUAAACAGUUCACGCAGGGAAGCCACAGAGUGCCUGACUUCUGAUCUCUCUAAAAUUUCUGAUUGGGGCAGAGCAAAUGCCUCAAAAACUUAAUUCCUCCAUCUGUCAUCUCGACACAAUCUUUCACACAACUAUCUCCUCUUCUUCAAUGACACUCAACUGUCCUUCUCUUCUACACUGAACAUCCUCGGAUUGUCUUUUACUUAUAUUCUAAACUGGAAACUUCACAUCUCAUCGCUAGCUAAAACAGCUUCUGUGAAGUUAGGCCUUCUGAAACGUCUACGCCCGUUUUCUCACCCUUCCAGCUGCUAACUCAGUACAGGGGCCUUAUCUUUCCAUGUGCGGAGUAUGCUUUACAUGUUUGGGGCGGUUCCACUCAUACCGCUCCUUUAGACAGGGUGGAAUCAAAAGGUUUUCAUCUCAUCAACUCCUCUCCUGUAACUGACUGUCUUCAACUUUUAUCUCAUCACCGCAAUGUUGCAUCUCUUGCUAUCUUCUGUUAUUUUCAUGCUAACUGCUCUUCCGAUCUUGAUAACUGCAUGCCUCCCCUCCUCCCGUGGCCUCACUGUACAAGACUUUCUUCUUUCUCUUACCCCAAUUCUGACCGCCUCUCUAAUGCAAGAGUUAACCAGUAUUCUCGGUCUUUCAUCCCUUUCCCUAGUAAACUUUGGAACUCCCUGCCUGCUUCUGUAUUUCCACCUUCCUAUGACUUGAAUUUCUUCAAGAGUGAGGUUUCAAGACACUUGUCCUUCAAUUUUUGACUACCGCUUUGAAUCCUAUUCGAGGGCCGGCAUCUCAGUGGACCUUUUUUAUUGAUUGGAUUAUGUUGUCCUUGGCCGGUGUCCCUCCUACAUAAGAAAAAAAAAAAUCAUGAUGAUGACCAUUAAUACUUACAGAAGUAGCGACAGUUCCAAUAAACUUCUUUCUCCAGAGUUUCAAAGAGUUAGUAUUUCCUGAACAAUUAUGCAUGAUCAAAGAUACUUUACAUACGUAAUAUGAUACCAAAGAUUUAUGUUAAUUAGGUGUGUGAGAAAUACGGAGUGUUAUUUUGGCAGAUAAAUAUAAAAUCAUAUAAAUUUUUUGUUUUUGUUUUUAAGGAAAAUUACCACUUGUUGGGAAAGUCUGUUUUGACAGAUAGUGUUGGUAAUUUAGCCAAAACCUUGGCCUCAGCUGGAAAAAUAUCUACGAGCUAGACGCCACGCUGGCAAGGAUGAAAAACAAACAUAAUUAAUGUAACAAAGAUGAAGGUACAAUGGAUGAAACUAAUAUUAAGCAUCCGUGUACGUGUAACACCCCACAAGGUCUUCAUGUGGAACGCUCAUUCAAGUAAACAAAAGUUAACAUUCUAAUAAAAAGGUGACCCAUACCGAGUCUUAUUUGUGGAGGAUACUUCAAAACAUGUGCUGCAGCGUACGUAAUUCAUUUGAUUUAUUUGUCACUGUCGUUGAUAAAAUCAAUGACAACACUACACGAAAGAUAUAUGCACUAACAUAUAGUUCUAUACAUUAAUAUAGGUACACGUAGUGAAGAUUAUACGUCAUAUAGAUUUUUUAAGUGUUUGUACGAAAAUAAUACGUAUUAACACACAACACCGGAUACUGAAAGUCACCGAGGCCAAUGAUGCGCGAGGAAAGGAACGAAAACAACACUGGAUUCCCCAACAGAUACUCAAUCGUUCACUCUGCAUAAUCGCCUGAUAAUACAGACUUCACACACUUUCAAACAAGCCUCCUUAAAAAAAAAAAAUAAAUAAAUAAAUAAAUAAAUAAAAAUAAAUAAAAAAUAAAGAAUGCUUUGACUUGAGUGCUUAAAGAAUAUCUUUUAUUAUUUAUUAAUCAAUAAAAGUAGGAAUAUUUUACCGCACUGUGAGGUUCUUUUCGAAGUGUCUCAAAUAGUUAUUGUACUUUUCUAAUUGCUUCCACCAGAGAAGCAGCCGCUUCCUUGCUGUUCUCCAGAUGCCUUAAGACUGGAGAAUUUUGACAUUUUGUCAUGCUAUUUUUUUUUUUUUUAUGUCAAGGACUGGCCAUAGGCACACAGAGAGUAAAGAAAAAGCUGCAACAUUACAACAGAUAGCGAAAGAUUUAAAAAAUCUAUUAAAGGAGCAGAAUCGAUAGCACACACACACACACACACACA